GCAAAGCGUACUUGUACGGUAGAUGAACCCCCUGUUCUUUUUUAAAGUAGACAAUAAGUCUACUCACAGCAUCAGUUUAAGGUACAUUAAUACGAGUGAUCGAUCAUAGGUUACGCUCGUAUUACAGUCAUAGGCACUAGUAGGUACUGUAAAUAUGGGCAUUUUAGCAAAAGAACAAGGGAAAGUGAGUGUGGAGGCGCCUUCCACUGUCGAAACGGUAUCGAAGCCAACAGACAUGUCAAAGUCGAUAGCUGAGGACAUACUAGACUCCAUUAGCGCUACAUCGGACAACAAGCAUGUGAAAAGUGAUACGAUUAUCAAGAGCUUAAAGAAAGCUCAUGCGUUAAGCAAUAAAGACGGUGCGGGAGUGAUCAUGCGCGCACUCGAACAAGUAGACCGAUGGGAUAUAUCGUACGAAAUGUUCCUGUAUGCGUGUGCAUUGGGGUGGUUAGAGUGUGUAGAAGCAAUCAUGGCCGAUACAAAAGCCGAUAUCAAUCCAGGUGACACUGAGAGCGAGUGCGUUCGAUUGGCAUCCGCACACGGUCAGACACAUGUAGUAAAUUAUCUCCUACGCGACUCACGAGUGGAUCCCACUAGUGUGAACAAUGAAGCCUUAUACUAUGCCACGGAGAAUGAGCAUAUCAGUACUGUCAAGCUGCUGCUACAAGACCCCCGCGUAGACCCCUCUCAGAACGGCACUGGCCCCUCUGCGUGUGUGCUGGGUAUGGUCGAUGUAGUGAAGACACUGCUGGAGGACUUUCGUGUGGAUCCCAACGCCGAGGAAGGGCUUAUGAUCAGGAGUGCGUGUGGCAAUGGUCAAUUAGAGGUGGUUAAGGUGUUACUUGCGGAUAAUCGAGUCGAUCCCACACUACAAGAGGACGAUGCACUGGUACUGGCAUGCACACACGGCCAUACCGAUGUGGUGGAAGUACUGCUGCAAGACGCUCGUGUGGACCCUACUAGUCAAGACAGCGAGGCUAUGGUGAAGGCGUGUGAGUUUGGCUUUACGGAUAUAGUAGGUCGCCUGCUGAAAGACUCUCGUGUGGAUCUGAACGCCAGGAAUACGAGAUGCCUGUUUCGAGCGUGCACCAAUGGCCACGCUGAUGUGGUUGAGCAACUGUUAGUAUCAGACAAACCACUCAAUGUAGCGUACGAUCACAACGCUUGCUUACGUGCUGCGUGUGUGAAGAACCAUAUACAGGUGGUGGAGUUGCUACUUAAAGACUCUCGUGUAGACCCUGCUGAGCGCCAAGACGAAGCUCUGAGGUUUUCGUGUAGGUACGGUAGGGAUGCGGUGGUGGAGCUGUUGCUAAGCGACGAGCGGGUCAACCCGGCCGCUAACAACAACGAGCCUAUACGGACGGCGUGUGCAAUGGGACACUUAAGCAUAGUUAAGAGGCUGUUGUUAGAAUCCAAGAUAGACCCUACAGCAAAGUUCUAUGCAGCCUCGACUGAGGCGUACAAAGGCUCCCAUCACGGUGUACUGAAGGCGCUGGCCAGAGACGAGCGGGUGGAUCCCAUUGAGAUGGAGCGGUACUGGUCCAUGCAGAUAGAGGGAGAGUUCAGGACACUGUAA